CGUGUGGCUGCCGAGGUGCGAAGGGGGCCAUAAAGUAUUUCUGAUCUUCUGAUUGGGCCUGAAUUAUCCUUCUGACCUUCGGUGAUGAAGUGCCGUCAGCUGACCGGCCUGCCUGGGGACGUCACGGGUGAGGUGUUAGGAUGGCUCACAGCAGACAGCUGCGGCGCACUGCGAGCCACUUCGAAAACCGUCGGCUGCCAUCUCAUCAGCGAGGCUUACCUGACGGCCCGGCUCGACACUGCCAUCUGCAACAAGGGCCUCAGUGGCGUGCUGACCUACAGAAGGCGCCCACAGACGGCCCGGGAAUACCUGGUGCAGCGUGUGACGGCCACCUGCAGCGUGUUUCUUCCCUGGCUGGUCCAUCUCGUCACCAUCCUCGCAGCUGUGGCGGCCCUCAUUGCUCUCUUUCGGGUGUGUGUGGCGGUUCCGACUGUCGCACGGACGUUCGUGGUCCAGCUGUUUGGACCGCGGUACUCGAUGCUGGUGCUCCCCGUGGUGUGGUUUCUUCUCAUCAGAGGAGGAUGCGCCUUUGGUACGGCUUUCGGCAACUUCCUGGGACGCCACCCUUCCCUGCGGGCAGCUGCACUGAGGCCAAUGCCCGCCUUCAGAUUCAUGGCGGCCAACAUCGCUCUCGCUGCGCGCCGUGCGUGGGCUAUGGUGACGUCAGCGGUCACGGGAUCAAGGGCCGACAGAAUGUACCUGUGGGGCGAGCUGCGCGGGGCGCUUCCCGACGGUGGCAAGAGCAUCAGCCAUCCUGAGUAUCUCUUGCGGCUCCUGUACGUCAUCGAGGAGGGCGGCCGUUGGGAGCGCUCCGUGCCGCUCAUCUACUUCAUCAAGAAUUCCCACCUCAUCCUCUCACUGCCCAUCAUCGUCUCGGCUGACGAUCUGCGACGAGUCGGCAGCAGGGCGGUGUUUGAUUCUCGGCCCGAUGCUGUGCGGCAGUACUCGCUCUUCAGCCACCGAUUCACGUGGAUGGCUCCGCACAGUCGUCUGAGCCGCGUCGAUGGGCAAGACCGCCUCGGGCCGCCGAUGAGGGCACACCCAAUGACCUUUCUGACCCCCGACACACUGCCUGCCAGCAUCCCCCUGGCCAUCGACUUCAACGCAUCGGACCCGCCCACUCAGUGUAUGUGAACCACGUCGACACACACACACACACCAGGAACACGCUCUCUCUCAUGCCUCUCUCUCUCUCUCUCUGCCUGUCUGUCUGUGUGUGUGUGUAGGUGUAUGUGUAGGAUGCAACCUGGGUUGCAACCUGGUAGCUGCAUCCUUCACGGACCAUGUCGUUCUAUCGCUCAGCCAUCUAGCCUCUGCGGCGUCUGACCCCUCUCUGCUACCUUACGACGCCACUGACGUGAUCCCGGUGGCCGACCAGCAGCGGCUGAAGGACAGCAUCGGCCAGGCGGGGCGCGCCAUCUGGAGAGGCCAUCGCCUGGUGGAUGUGUGUGACAGCGGAAGGGGUGGCCGGCGUGCGAAGAUGGCGAUCUUGUGUGGGUGCAAGGCGACCGAUGAGUUUGCAGUCCGUGUCGCGCUGGGGGGGUCAGGCAUGUGGGACGUUCUCGAGGUCAGCACGACGGAGCGGGUGGUGUGGGCAGGGAAGGGUGUGGCUGAAAGGUUUCCCCGCACAGCGGCAGUGCUCAUUGACGUGGUGGAAGCGCUGAGCGUGUGCGUGUAGAGCGAGCGCCCGACACUCACUCUACAGAGAGACAGAGAGACAGAGACAGGUGGUGUGUAUGCGUGCAGUGCACUCAGCGGCUGGCUGCAGUGCAGUGAGAGCAACUUCGCGUGUUCGUCGGUCGCUGCUCGUCAGAUUUGUGGAGGCAUAGUCUAUCGGUGUGGAGGACAGGAGGUCAUUAAGGUUUAUGGGUGUCUUUUCUCUCUGUAUCUAUCUAGCCCCAUUUGUAGCAUUGAUUGUACGUGUGUGUAUGCGCGUGUGAAUGCAUUUGUGUGUGUAUGUGUGUGUUGUUCUCUGUGCGGCAACUUUCUCGGUACUGCUUGCAUCCCUUUACUUGAAGGGCCUCAAUUAAUGCACUCACUCUCACAAUGAGCGAGCGCCAUCCAGGAUUGACU